AUGGCAGCAGCUGUAACAGAAGCGUUCAACAAAGACUUUAGCUUCCUCAAGUACCGCGCCGUCGACGACGAACAAGAAGCGGUCACGGUUAAGCGCACCGCGUAUUGGUGCUACUGCGGUCCCCUGCUUGACCCAUUCUCAUCGCUUGAUCCGGACUCGGCGCUCCCUGCCAACUUUUACGAAUUUGCAGCGGCGACUUUUACGGGGCCUGUUCACUCGAGGUUUCUUCCGUUCUUGAGGUAUAUCAACUCUCUGCUCGUUAGCAAGGGUUUGAAGCAUUAUAUGCUCACUAUUCGGGCUACGACGCCGACUCCUGAGUACGAUCGUCCGAGAUGGCACACCGAUGAGCUCUUCUUUUCCGACCUUUCAAAAGGAAACCUACCUGGGACACGGUUAGGACUCAAAUCACAGUACAAGAAUGGUGAACGAAACUCUGGAACCAACUGGAAGAUAUGCACAACACUUCUCGGCCCAUCAACACUCUUCAUCCCUCUAGAGCACCAAGCAUCAGCACGAAAAAGACAAGAAAAUGCCCGUGUAUCAGCCAGUACAGAACAUGAGUGCCUAAGUAUCCGCUGUGUUGGCUGUGCAUCCGCUGCUGAUGUCGUCCGGGAGGAGCUCACUCAGACCAUGAAACCGUUGGGUGUUGAGGCAGCCAUGCCAGGAGAGUGUUCAGUAUUUCGAGUUGGAAGAGAUUUUGGCGCCGUGCAUUCAGAGCCUAGUAUGAGCGAGGGAGAACACGGAAGAAUUUUCAUAAAUGUCGUGCCAGGAACGGAAGAGGAGCUCCGGAGUCUGACCACGAAAUGGGGCAUGGAGUUUCCCAGGCAAUGCAUGUCACCGUUCAUUGCAAUUUCUAACAUUGUGUGA